UGGCCUAUCGGCGAGUUUUCCGCACUGUAGAAAGCUUUUGACAAGAUAAGCUGCCGAAAUUUUUACCGUGUAGAGGUCCUGGUAACGGGCAUGUCUGCCCUUGCCGACUGUCCUUGCGUCCGGAUUUUCCCCGACAAUUCAUUGACAAGAGAACGCACAUAAGUAUCCGAGGGCUAUAUAAAGUCUGUACUUUGGCUAGGUCGACCCCAGCGUCUCUGAAUUCUACUUCAACAUGCAACUACUGCUUGCUUUGUCUGUCGCCUCUCUAGCGGGCCUUUCCAUGGCUUGUGAUGCGUAUACUGGUGGUCUCCCGACCGCCACCGGUACAGUGUCCAGUAAAGCUGUCAUCAAGGUCGCUGCAGGCGAGGUCUUCGAUGGUGGCUGGAAGAAGUACGACCGUGGAAGCGGUGCUUGCAACGGCCAAUCCGAAGGAGAUUACACAGAUGCAGUUUUCUACCUUCACGAGGGUGCCACCUUACAGAACGUCAUAAUUGGCGCUAACCAGGCCGAAGGUGUUCACUGUACUGGAUACUGUACCUUGAAAUUCGUUUGGUUCGAGGACGUCUGCGAGGAUGCUAUCACCAUCAAAAAUGACGAGGCCGGUGACUAUACUAACAUCAUCGGUGGUGGUGCGUACCACGCCGACGACAAGGUUAUUCAACACAAUGGUUGCGGUACCGUUAAUAUCAUCAACUUUUUCGUCAGUGACUACGGAAAGUUGUACCGAUCUUGCGGCAACUGCAAGAGUCAGUGCAAACGUAACGUGUAUAUCUCCGGUGUUUACGCCGAGGACGGCGGAACUCUCGCUGGAAUCAACUCCAACUACGGCGAUACGGCUACCAUCGUUGACUCCUGCUAUGACACAAAGCACCCUUGUACGCUUUACGACGGGUGUGCUGGAGGCUGCGAACCCGAUGUUGUCGGCUACUGCAGUGGCUAAGUCCCUGCCUAACUCUAUCCAUCGAAUGUUUCAUGACUUUCUUGGUCCAAGCUCCGUAAGACUUCACUUACAUCAUUUGGUUGCUUCUGGGAGGCCUAAUGGCAUGAUUCGUAG